CCUGCUGAUGCCGUUGCAUGGUAUAGAACGCUAGAACACCGCAUAGUGUACAGUACCGUCUCCUCCAUGGGGUUCUCUGAACACCUGCACCUCCUCCUGACCUGGUUCAAUGUCAUGUCAGCAGUACUGUACCCGAUGAAAGACCUAGGUCGUCACGCCUGGCGAUCAUACCAAUUCACUGAAAAUAAAUGAAAGCCCUUGGCUGGUCUGAGCUUGAAUGGAGUGGGCUAACAGGAGAGGUGAGCGUUCCACAAGCGGGGCUGGUAAUCCUAGAACCGACGACGAUGGACGCAGCAAUGUUGACGGGAAUAAUAGCAGCAGCGGCAACAGCAGCAGCGGAAAUGACGGAGCAGUUUUGCGGGAGCCGUUGGGGAGAAGCCAAGUCUCCUGCGCGCCAGGGGAGGCCAGAAUACCGACGGCAGAAGCGCCGUCGGAAGCAAUGGCAACCCCAGUUACAGUAACAGCAGCCGCAGCAGCAUCAGCCGCUGCCACCGAUUGUAGUAAAGCUGACGCCGCUGUGACGUCAGCGUCUGCCGGUCCUGUGGCCUCCAGCAGAAGGGCCGUCGUAGCACCCGGGCAGCUGCAAAUACCGCGAAGCUUCCACUCUAAUCUGAGGGUUUCCGAAGACGGCAAUGCGGGGACCGGUUAUGCCGCUGGUGGCGGGAAAGCGAAAGGGAAGGCGGGUAAUGCCGCUGGGCGUGGUAGUAGAGUGCGGAGUAGGGAGUUCAGUGCGGUACCUUCCGGUGCGGAAGCGGAUCAAGGCGGAAGGACGAGGCAUGCAGAAGGGCUAGCAGCCGCAGGGAAUAAGGCGAGAAACGGAGGUAGAGGCGGCGGCAGGAAGGGCAGAGGCCGGGGAGCGCGCGGCAGAGGGAGGAGCAAGGGCGACCGGACGGCUUCCGUUGAGAGCGAGAACGGAGCGCGAGAGGGUUGGGUGCUAGACUUGACGGGCCUCAGUGUCGGGAUUGCGAUGGGGAUUGGGAAGCGGAAAGGGAGGGGGGUGGUGGGUGCUGCGGGGAGUGGGCUGAUUCGGAAGGAUGCGAUUGUGUUUGCGCGAACGGUGGGGGGAAGGAGAUGGCGCCUCCCCCCCGCUCCUGUAUGGGUAGGCAAGGAGAUGUCCUCUUCUGGUAAUGGUGGUAAUGAGAGGCGGAUGGGAGGUGAUGAGGGCCGAGGGGAGGGUGCUUUCCUGCAAGAAAGGGCGGUGGGGCCUACUAGUAGUGCGGAGAUGUCGUCUUCUGUUUCUUCCGCUUCCGCCUCUGCCGCUGGUGUUGCCACUGCGGCUGCUAGCACUGUCAGUGCUGCUGCUGAUGGCCCUGGUGCCACCGCCGCCGCCGCUGCUGCUGCUGCUGCUGCUGCUGCUGCUUCUGCUGCUGUUUUGAGCAGCGGUAGCGGCAGGGCGAGUCUAGGAGUGACGUCAUUCGCCGCUCUGUCGUCGUCAUCGCUGCCGUCACUCCCACUCUCCAUUCCCUUGCCGCCCCUGCUGGGUGGGGCAUUGCAAUAUUCUGCUGUUGCUGCUUCUGCUACCCCUGCUAGUGAACUGGCAGCAGGAGCAUCAGAUACAGCGGCUGUGGCCGCUGCAGGUGCGGCUACAUCAGCAGAGUCCGGCGUGCAGUUGAAGGGGCGUGGAGUGGGGGGAAGCUCCCUGCUAGAGGAGGGUAAGGCCGAGGCGGAACAGCGUAGGGGAGAAGGAGAUGCAGGGGAGGAAAGGGAGAGGGAUGCGGGUGGAGAAGAAGAGAGGAAAAGGAAGGGCGAGGAAGAGGAGGAGGAGGAAGAGGAGGAAGAGCACGAGGAAGGGGAGGAGGAGGAGAAUGAGGAGGAGGAUGAGGUGGAGGGAGGGUAUGACGACUCACGCAUAGACCUGGACACAGAUGGAGAUGCGGAUAAUGAGGACAUGGCGCAUGUUGACUCACUGGACUCACUCGGCCACGACGGGUUGGGGGCGGGGGACAGCACGGAUGAGCUGACAGAGGGAGCCAUGGAGGGGUGCUCGGACGGGGAGGGCGAUGUGGAGCCUCUGCUCAAGUACGAGCGCAUGGAGGGCGAUGUCAGCGACGUGCUCAAGACCGCCAUCCCCACUUGCGUCGCGCUGUCAGCCCACGGGCUGAUUGCGCUCGGCACCACCGAAGGCACGCUGCACAUCGUGGACCACCACGGACGACAGGUGAAGACGUACGACCCGCACGUGGGAGCGGUGACUGACGCCGUCUUUGACGCCACAACUGCGCACCUCGCCACCUGCUCUGACGACGAGCGGUUUGAGUACCACCGUCCGCUGAGGUCCCUUGCGCUGGACCCGGGGUUCGGCCCCGUGUGGCGCACCCGCCAGUUCGCCACGGGCGGAGUGGCCGGGGAGCUUAUAUUGAGCACGAGGGGGUGGCUGGGGGCGACGGAUCAGGUGUUACACACGGGCGAGGGCGCCAUCACGGGUGUGCGGUGGCGCGGCACGUACCUGGCGUGGGCCAACGACAGGGGCGUCAAGGUCUACUGUGUCGCCUCCUCCGCACGCCUGGCGUUUGUGGAGAGGCCCCGCGGCAGCCCCAGCCCUUCUGUGCUGCCACCACACCUCUUCUGGCGGGAUGACUGCACACUGAUAAUCGGCUGGGCUGACACCAUCAAAGUAGCGGUCAUCCGCUCCAGGACCGACCCCCCCCCCCCUACCACCACCACCUCCUCCUCCUCCUCCCUGUCCCGCUACAUGGAGAUCGUCUCAGUCCUAAAAGUCGACUAUUUAAUCUCCGGCAUAGCGCCCUAUGGGGACCUGCUCCUCGUGCUCGCCUAUCUCAUGCCGUCCUCCUUCUUUGCUGGAUCCAGAAGCGCCAGCUCCUGCAGCAGCAGCAGCAGCAGCAGCAGCUGCAACAGCGUCAGUGCGCGCUCCCCCUCCACCCCCCCCACCCAUCAGCUUCUCUCUAGCGGCCACCUCUCGCUCCCGGCUGCUGCUGCUGGGCUGCUUGCUUCCUCUCCUCUCUCGGGGUCUCGCUCCCCGUCGCACCAUUCUCUCUCCUCCCCUCUCACUCCCCCCACUCUCUCCUCCCCUUUGGCGGCCGCGCCUCCAGCUCCAACCACCUCGUCGUCGUCCCCAGCAGCAACAGUCGCACCUGCUGCAGUGCCCGUAGUACCGCCUGCACCUGGAGUUACUACUGCAAGUGCCACUACUAGUGGUGGCAGUGGUGGUAGUGGCAGCAAUGGAACCGGCAGCCAGGAACCAGCCUCUGCAACAGCAGCAGCCCCUGCUUUGCUUCCGGACUCACCGACAGGGUCAGCAGCAGCAGCAGCAGCAGCAGCAGCGCUGGCGGCAGUGGCAGCCGGGGGCACGGCGCUGAAUGAUGCUGUGGCCGUGCCCAGUGCAGGCGAGGGGCCGCUCACCCUGGCUCUCCGGCCUGAGGUGCGGCUAGUGUCGUUGAAGAACCACGAGUUAUCAUCUGACAUUCUCUCGCUCAGAGGCUUCGAACGGCUGCAGGCAGCAGAUUACUACCUUGCGCACUCUCCCCUCUGCGCCUCUGCAGCUCUCCCUCCUGCCAUCAGCGCUGCUGCGGCUACUAAUUCUGCUGCGCACACUGCCACCGCUGCAGCUUCACUUGCACCUGCUAUGUUUGCAGCAGCAGCAGCAGCAGGAGCAGGAGCAGCAGCGGCAGAGGGCAAUCAGUGGCAACCCUGUUUCGUUCUCCUCAGCCCACGCGACGUGGUACUCGCCCGUCCCAGGGAUGCACAGGACCAUGUGCAAUGGCUGCUGUCGCAAGGCCGCAUCCACGCUGCUCUUGAAGCCACAGGCCUUGCUGCUGCUGCUGCCACUGCGACUGCUCUCACCCCACCUCCUGCUGCCGCUGCCGCAGCCGCUGCUGCUGGUGCUACUGCUGCUCCAGGCGCCGCAGGUGUUAGCAGUCCAAGGAGGAGGGAGCGGGAUGCGACUCAGGCUGCUCCACAGCAAGCGCCCAGCAGCAGCAUAGACUCUGUUGUUGCUGCUGCUGCUGGUGGUUCUGGAGCUGGUGCUGGUGGUGGUGGUGCUGCUGCUUGUAUUGGUGGUGGUGCAGGGGUGGAGGGAAGCACCCUGGCAGGAAUCACCCUGGAGCUGCUUUCAGAGGUGGGGCAGCAGUACCUGGAGCACCUGGUGGCGCAGCGCAGGUACCACCAGGCCGCGGCUCUCUGCCCCAAGCUGCUACGCUCGCACGCUGCUGCGUGGGAGAGGUGGGUGGUGUGUUUCGCCCAGGCGCACCAGCUGCCUGUGCUGCUGCCGCACAUACCAUUUGAAGACCCCCAACUCGCCCCUACAGUCUACGAGAUGGUGCUGUGCUCGUUCCUCCCGGACCCCUCAGACCACCCGCUCUUCCUGUCCGUCAUCCGGUCGUGGCCGCCCUUCAUCCUGCCGCUCGCCUCCCUCAUAACCCGCGCCCACGCGCGCCAUGCUGCCCUCGCCGCACACGGAUGCCCCUCUGCGCCGCUGCUCGAGGCCUUGGCAGAGCUUUCUCUGAAGAACAACAAUGUCCCCGAGGCUCUGCGCUUCUACCUCCUCACGGCCCUAGCGGAGUCCAACCCAUGUGCAGUGAGGGGGGUGGAUGCCGUGUAUGACCUCAUGCGCACCCAUGCUUCCCGGCUGUUGCCCUGCCUCAAGCCUCAGCUGCCUCUUCUCCUGGCAGUAGAUCCGUCCAGAUGCAUUGCAUUCGUGUCAGCCAGAGUCCGGCUGUUCCCGCCCUCCUACGUGCUCUACUGCAUCGCUCGCUUGGACCCCCUCCGCUGCCCUCCCCCCUCUCCCUCUCCCCGCCCUACAACCACACAUUCCCCCUCUCCUCCUCCUCCUCCUGCUGCUGCUGCAACCGGUGAUGGUGCUGCUGUUUCUGUUCCUGCGGGUUAUUAUACUCCUAGUGCUACAUACGAGGCUGUACCUGGUGUUGCUGCUGCUGCUGAGAGCAUGGGAGCAGGCGCGCACAGGGCAGGUGGCAGGGGCAGAGUUCGGAAGCUGCAGCUACAGCUGCAAAUGGGGGAGGAGUUGGAGGGGGCAGCGGUGCAUGGCAUGGGCGAUGUGUGUGUGCGGCACCUCAUGUUCCGGUACCUGCACCUGGUGUUCGUGAGAGAUGCUUCUGCGGGCCGGCGAUGGCACACCAUGCAGGUACACCUGUAUGCUGAGUUUGAGCCGUCGUUCCUUCUCACCUUCCUGCAACACAGCUCUUUCUACUCCCUCGAUGCGGCGUACAGGGCGUGUCAGCAGCGGGGCCUGCAGCACGCCAUGGUGCUGCUGCAGCAGCGCAUGGGCAACCACCGAGCUGCUCUCUCCCUCUGCUUGCACUCCCUGGGGGACGUGGAUAAGGCGCUUCAAGUGGUAGCAGCAUGUGGGGAUGAUUCGCUGUGCGCCUCUAUCACCUGCCAAGCAGCCUCCAACCCCCGCAUUCUGCAUGCACUCUUGGAUCGGUGUCUGCCCACCAUCACUCCACUGCGCCUGGUGCGCUUGCUGCAGCCACGGCGCCAGGUUCCUCGGCUGAAGCAGCGACUCAUUCCUCUCCUGCGAUCCGCCUCAUGCCAGGCCGCCAUCGAGCAGCAAACGCACCACCUCGUUCUCUCCGGCUGGUUCAAGCUCUUCUCCUCGUUCCAUAGAAAGGCGUGCAGAGCGGUGCGAGUAGGUUCCUCCGCCUGGAAAUUCACCCUCUCCAUCCCCUCUUCCACAUUCACCACGCCUGCAUUCCUCCUCUCCUCCCCGACACAUUCCUCCCUGCCCCCUCCCUGGCUGCCUCCCACUCCCACCGCUGCCUCCUCUGCUGCUGCAGCCGCUGCUGCUGCUAAUUCUGGGCUGAUGUUCUCUGAGAGAGAAGGGCGGGGAUGGAGGAGAUUGGUGGAGGAUGAACAAGCAGGGACAGCAGGAGGAGGGGCAGGGGGAGGGCCAGGGGCAGGGGCAGGGGGGGGAGCAGGAACGGCAGCAGCAGCAGCAGCAGCAGAAGCGGAAGUGGCUGGUUCCGGGGUUGUGGGAGGGGAAGGAGCCAGUCUUAGUGGUGAUGGUGGUGCUGCUGCUGGUUGGUUUGGAGCAGAUGCAGCUUCCGUAGAGGAUGGGGCGGGUGACAGGUCUAUUUUAAAUUAUAACUCUCACGAGCAUGCAGCAGCAGUGGCAGUAGCAGGGGGGGAGGUGGCUUUGGCUGGCAGCAGCCGGUGCUGUCUGUGCCUUGAUUCCAUCUGUCUGUUUGACUCAGCAGCUGUUGUCUUCUUCUGCCGCCACUCUUACCACCGCUCCUGUCUCCUACACUCCGCUGCUGCUGCUGAUGCUGCUGCUGUCACUGUAGCAGGAGUAGGUGCCACCACUGCAAGUGCACCCUCUCCUGCUUCUUCUGCUCCUGCUCCUGCUGGUGGGACGGCCUGCACCAAUCCGCCAUCUCGUUUCCUUCCCUCGUCGCUACCUCGUCAUCCCUCCUCGUCACUCCUCACACGCUCCCUUGCACAAACCACACAAGCGAUCUCUCCCUGCAGAGAACCAGCAGCAACAGCAACAGCACCAGCGCCAGCAACAGCAACAGCAACAGCACCAGCACCAGCACCAGCACCAGCACCAGCACCAGCACCAGCACCAGCACCAGCAUCAGCACCAGCAUCAGCACCAGCAACAGCAUCAGCACCAUCGCCAGCAACAGCACCAGCUCCAGCAAGAACACCUACAAACCCUCCUGUUCAUCCUGCUGCAGACUCACCUGCUGUAACAGCCUCUGCUGCCACCUGUGCAUCCGCCUCCACGUCACAGUCUGACCUGUCAUCUCUUGUAACUGACCUGUCUGCUGCCACGUGUGAUGUAUCUCGUGCUGUCUCGGACGUGCGGUUUCCAUCGUGUCCUAUUGUGGAGAGAGUACGGGCAGUGCUUGAGGGGCGUAAUGGCAGGCAAGGGGAAGGCGGGGGGUUUCUGGGAGUGGGCAGGGGAAGCACGAGGGGAAGAAGGCGCCAGCGGAGAGCCAUGCCAAGCAGCAGCACUGCUGCUGCUCCUGCUCCUGCCGCUGCCACUGCUGCCGCUGCUGCCACGGCUGCUGCUCCUGCAGCUGCCACGGGGGAAGGAGGUAUACAGGUGGAAGGAGAGCGAGAAGGAGGAGGGAGGGGAGGAAAAGGAGUGACAGGAGGACGAGGAGAAAGUAGCCUGAGCCGGAAAGGGUCUCCUGCCACAUCUCUUUGCGGCCCCCGUGCAGGCCCAGUCGAUGCUUCAGAGCUGCGCCUGCUCUCCUACUGGCAGCAAGGGGUGAUGCCCUUAGUGGCAGAGUCAAGUGUGAGUCAUCGGUCAGAGCCGCCACUUAUGGGUGAUUCACCCAGAGGCAUUUCAAGAAGGCCUGAGUCGUUAGAGUGUGGCCCACGAGGGGGGGAGGCAAGAGAGGGGAGUGAUGAAGCGAGGCUGUUGGGUGAGGAGUUGAGUCAUGGGAGGGACGGCAGCGCGAGAGAAGGCGGGAGUUGUAGCAGGGAGGAGGGGAGCGGAUCGUGUCUUGAUAGGUCGCAUAGAAGAGGGGGAGGCUGUGACGGUGAAGAUGAUGCAGUGCUGCUAAUACAGGAUGCGGAGACAGCACUGGGACAGUUGCCAUCGCACACGCCUCCUCCUGACUUGCAAAGAAGACGAGGGAAUGGAGAUGUGCUGAAAGCUUUGAGAAAGGAAAGACAGGCAUCGCCUCGUGUGGGAGAAGUUAGAGGGGUGGCGUGGAAAGGGGAAGUGAGGGCAGGGGGCGCUUGUCAGGAACAGGCAGUGGAGGGGGGUGUACCGGUGGUGUUGAGAUGUGUCAUGUGCGGUGCUGCAGAAUGGAACAGUUGAUAGUUGGUGCUGGGUUACCGCAAGGGGAUACAUACACAUGUGAGCAGGUGGUGUCUGAGGUGAGGAUUGUUGCUGCACAUCUGGUAUCUCCUGUUGCCUGCACCACUGCACAAGAUGCAUGAGCGUGCACACCAAUAUGGGUACACUUUUCCGGUGCCAAGCUUCGGAUCUUAUACCCAAAACCUCAGAUAGGAUUUCAGGCAUCCUGACGGCUCAGAGCAUGCCCCCAAAGAAGCGUGCAGCAGUCAGGGCUGGACGCCAUGGCUCACACUGAUUAGUCAAGGUUGUUUUCUAGGUACAAACUGUCGCCUCAGGGUAAAUUUAUAAAUUGCCUGAAAUGUGGCUCAAGGUCACUUAGCUGCAUCAGCAGUAACAGCAAUACAAAGCUCUAACACUAGAAGUUCCCAUCAUCAUCAUCACUGGAGGUAAACCCGUUGCUAGCACAGCUGUCCUCCUCUACCUCGUGGUCCUCCUCCUCAUACAGUUCUUGUUGGGCUGAGAAAAGCCCUUGGGAUCUUUCCAGAGACUAAGUCCCAGCUGUGAAGACUUGAGACUUGGGGUAGUGC